AUGUCAGCCAAACCAGUAUCUCAGGAUCCUGAGAUGGAGAUAGAUGACGACGAAUAUGACUCGGAGGCGGACGAAGACUUCAAGCUCGACGGCCAGGAUGAUGAGGUGUUGUCUUCCGAUUCCGAUGAGGAGGCCAGCAAGAAACGAAAGGCCGAAACAGAAGACGCUGCGCUAGAUUCCGGAGACGAAGUCACGAUAAAGAAAGCAAAAUCGAGAAAAGAGAAAAAAAGAAAGGGAAACAAGUCUAAGGCUAAAGGUGACGAUGAAGACGAUCUGGAUCUCGACGACGACGAGGGUGGCCCGGGAGGGUUUGUACGGACACGCGCCAUGAAGAUGCAAAUGAAGGAAGAACGAAAACCACUUGCUAAGAUCGAUGGCGCAACAGUCGACGUUGACGCGUUAUGGGCCAAAAUGAACGAACGCGAUUCCGGUUCCCCCGCGGCACCUUCGCAUACCGAGAAAACAGACGAUAACAUGGCGGACGGAGAAAGACAAGACACCGCCAUGCGCGAGCAGCAAGCACCAACCGAGGAGACACAGCAGAAACCCCAGCAUACGGAUGAGAUGAUAAAGAUCAAACGGACGUAUGAAUUUGCAGGGGAGAUGAUCACCGAAGAGAAGGUCGUUCCGAAGGACUCGGCCGAAGCAAGGCUCUUUCUAGCAAACGAACAUAAUCCAGGAGCGGUGGCCACUAAUGCUGAGGAUGACGCGAAUGGAAUACCGGGCAUCAAACUGCGCAGGCCACUUCGCAAGGUCUCGCGAUUUGAUCCUAACCCCACUGGAGCCAUCAAAAAAAGCUGGGAGAAGCAGCCGAUCGAUGCGACAGGCCAGGAGGAGAAUGCUCGUGGCCCGAAGAUCAAUACGGUCGAGAAGUCGCGCUUGGACUGGGCUGCAUACGUGGAUCAGGCUGGCAUCCGGGACGAGCUCACCGUCCACAGCAGAGCCAAAGAGGGCUUCCUUGGUCGUAUGGACUUCUUGGACCGUGUUGGCGCCAAGGAGGACGAAGACAGGAGAAAUGUCCGUUUGAAGGGGAUUUAG